AACUCGUAUGUGAGCAUACUGAGACAGCCACUGUCAUAGAACCAGGAAGAAGGAAGGUGGGUUAGCCCCCCAAAAAAGAUACCAUCACAAAUCAGUUGGAGAACGUUCCUUAGAAAACCAUGGGGGUCUCCAGGUGGAAGAUCGCAGGGGUUGUCUUGACGACUGUUUUAAGUGUGUUACUGCCAAUUCGAGCGGAUGAACACGAACACAAGUACACAGAUGACGAGGAGGUGGUUCUAUGGAUGAAUACUGUGGGCCCUUAUCACAACAGACAGGAGACUUAUAAGUACUUCUCUCUACCAUUCUGUGUGGGUUCGAAGAAAACUAUAAGUCAUUACCAUGAGACAUUAGGAGAGGCGCUACAGGGAGUUGAAUUAGAAUUCAGUGGUCUGGACAUCAAAUAUAAAGUCGAGGUGUUGCAGAAAACGUACUGUGAUAUUGACCUGGACAAAGCUAAGAGAGAUGCGUUUGUCUACGCCAUCAAGAACCACUACUGGUACCAAAUGUACAUAGAUGACCUUCCCAUCUGGGGAAUUGUUGGUGAAGCUGAUGAGAAUGGGGAGGACCAUUAUCUCUGGACUUACAAAAAGCUGGAGAUCGGAUACAAUGGGGAUAGAAUCGUGGAUGUUAACCUGACCAGCGAGGGCAAAGUCAAGCUUGUGCCAAACACAAAAAUUCCCAUGUCUUACUCUGUGAAAUGGAAGAAAUCUGAUGUGAAAUUUGAGGACAGAUUUGACAAGUACCUUGAUCCAUCCUUCUUUCAACACAGAAUUCACUGGUUCUCAAUAUUCAAUUCCUUUAUGAUGGUGAUUUUCCUGGUGGGUCUUGUUUCAAUGAUCUUGAUGAGGACGUUAAGGAAAGACUAUGCAAGAUACAGCAAAGAAGAGGAAAUGGAUGACAUGGAUCGUGAUCUUGGCGAUGAGUAUGGAUGGAAACAGGUUCACGGUGAUGUGUUCAGGCCGUCCAGCCACCCGCUGAUCUUCUCCUCCCUUAUCGGCUCUGGAUGUCAGAUCUUCUCUGUUUCUUUUAUUGUUAUUGUUUUGGCAAUGAUUGAGGACUUGUAUACAGAGAGAGGCUCCAUGCUUAGUACAGCCAUAUUUGUUUAUGCUGCUACGUCCCCAGUCAACGGCUACUUUGGUGGCAGUCUGUAUGCAAAACAAGGAGGCAGGAGAUGGAUAAAACAGAUGUUUAUAGGAGCUUUUCUGAUUCCUGCCAUGGUGUGUGGCACAGCAUUCUUCAUAAAUUUCAUUGCCAUCUACUACCACGCUUCCAGAGCCAUCCCAUUCGGCACCAUGGUUGCAGUCUGCUGCAUCUGUUUUUUUGUAAUUCUACCACUAAACCUGGUGGGGACAAUUCUGGGCAGGAACCUGUCUGGCCAGCCCAACUUUCCCUGCAGGGUCAAUGCUGUACCCAGACCCAUCCCUGAGAAGAAAUGGUUCAUGGAACCAGCUGUUAUCGUGUGUCUGGGUGGCAUCCUUCCAUUCGGAUCAAUAUUUAUUGAGAUGUACUUCAUUUUCACAUCCUUCUGGGCUUACAAGAUAUACUAUGUGUACGGAUUUAUGAUGCUGGUGCUUGUGAUCCUGUGCAUUGUGACGGUCUGUGUUACCAUUGUCUGUACCUACUUCCUUCUUAACGCAGAAGACUACAGAUGGCAAUGGACAAGCUUUCUCUCAGCAGCAUCAACAGCAGUUUACGUUUACAUGUACUCCUUCUACUACUAUUUCUUCAAAACAAAUCAUUUUUUCCCCAGGAUGUAUGGAUUAUUUCAGACGUCAUUCUAUUUUGGCUACAUGGCUGUCUUCAGUACCUCUCUGGGAAUCAUGUGUGGAGCGGUGGGUUACAUGGGAACAAGUGCCUUCGUGAGGAAGAUUUACACAAAUGUGAAAAUUGACUAGAAGCUCCACAGUGACACUGCAGAUCAGCCGACACUUCUUCCCGAUCAAAGCGGGCACAAAGUCUCCAUUUAUUUUGCAAGAAAAGAUUGUGGUAUCUUGUACAAAAUCUAGUUUUCCAUUUUCUCUAUGAAUUAAAACUUUGCGACACGAUGCGUACACAAGGGUAAAAUGAAGGGUGAAACAAACAGGACUUUUAAUUUUCUAUUUUAUUUGAUCAGAUUUUUGUUUUUCCCUCCGGUUGAAAUGCAGACCAUAAAUGCAGAUUAACCGGAAAAAAAAGUACAACACAGCAUUGCUCCUAUUUCUUAUAACGCUAUUCCACCCAAGAACCAUUGAACAGAUCUUUAUUGAUGCAAUAGUCUAGCUCUCUUCAGUGAAGAGGCCAAAGUGUAUGGAGAGCCUUUGUUCUUUUAUAUGAGAAUAUAGGAGAGUGGGGUUGACAUCCAUCCUCUUGCUUGUCUGUUUUGUAUUACAGAGUUGUACAAUGCCAUCAUUGUAUUGUUUUACACACUUACGAAUCACACCAAAAGCAUAACGUGGUAUGAAGUUCCAAAAUAGACCGUUGUUUUGUUUAAUAAAUAGAUAAACCAAUAUGAUGUGAAGCAGCCAGGUUUUAGCUCUACCUUCUGGUUUUCUAUAGUUCAGAACAGCAGAGCAGAGAACUUGGCACUUUAGAUACUGUACAGUUCACUGUCCGUAACAGAUUACGGUGAGACGGAUAAUCUUUGGUUUGGUGGCAGAAUGUUUUAAUGGGUUGUGUGAUGUGAUAUUUUUUCUCCAGUUCAGUCUUAUGUUACUCUUUGAGUUUGAAUGAAGUCCGCUUGUAAAAAUAAUAUAUGGAGGGGGGGUGACGUGUAUAUAACCCUAAAACUGUAGAUGUAGAUCCCAAAUGUAUUUUGGUUGUACAGAUUUAUUAAAGGGUGUUUUUCUUUUUCAUAAUGGACAGUCUGUUAAAACUUUUUUCGUUGAAGGGUGGGGUGGGCUUGGUAGCACAGUUACAUCUUGCCUGGAUAAUGCAUGAAUCUCACCAAAUCAUAAAAUCAGAUUCUGUUUGUUUCUCGGAAUUAGGUGACCCCGUCUCACUACCCUUUCAUUCUCUACCCUUCAUUUGCAUCUUGUAGAACAGUCUAAAAAAUAAGUGCUUCAUUGACUUUGUGCUGCUCAUAGAGGAGAUAGUCAUCAGCUUUUUUAUUAUUAUUAUUUUAAAGGGUUGAAAGACCAUUCAUUGAUUUGAACGAUCAGCUCUCUCGUGCUUAUUUUUGUAUCCAUGAUUUGAACCAAAUUGUGAAUGUCAGACACAAUUGAGGCACUCAUGCUAAAUAUCUGCAGGCAUACUGUACAAAGUGAAGUUAUUGUACACUUUACUAGAUGUUUUCAUGGUUGAGUGCAGAAACACUUAGACCAAGCUGUUGUUGUUUUUUUUUCUUAUGUUCCAUUGUGUAAAUACAGUAUGUAACUAAAAAAGUUGAAAAGUGGCAAAGCCUUUUUCUAAACCUCAUUCCUCCCAGUUUGAAGUUGAUUUCUGGUUCUUCAUGUCAUGUUCCAUGUGAAGUCUAAAAAGACAUUUUUAAAUGCGAUAUUAACUUGCUGUAAAAAGGAUGAAAAGAAAUAAACAUUGGUUUUGAGGUAAUGUAGGCAUGGUUUGUACAUGAAGGCAACGUUUUCCAUUAAAAAUUUCUGCCCAAGGACAGUUGUUUUUGAGAAUCACAAAAUCAGUAUGUAAUGAUUGCAGUUUUCAGUCAAUAGAAUAAACAAAUGGUGUGAUGGCA